UGUCCAGGUGCUUCCGGCUCCCACCGGACGGAGGCGCGCUCGGCCCUGGCCUCACUCUGCCACGGAAGUGUGUUUUAGGCGCACCGGAAGCCACCUCAGGGGUAGCCAUGGCGGGGUUGCCUGUUAGAGACCCUGCGGUGGAUCGUUCUCUGCGUUCUGUGUGCGUGGGAAACAUUCCGUAUGAAGCUACUGAAGAACAACUGAAGGACAUCUUCUCUGAGGUUGGGCCUGUUGUUAGUUUCAGAUUGGUAUAUGAUAGGGAGACAGGAAAACCAAAAGGUUAUGGCUUCUGUGAAUACCAAGACCAAGAAACAGCACUUAGUGCCAUGCGGAACUUGAAUGGGCGUGAAUUCAGUGGACGAGCACUUCGAGUGGAUAAUGCUGCCAGUGAAAAGAACAAAGAAGAACUGAAAAGCCUUGGAACUGGUGCACCGGUCAUUGAGUCACCUUAUGGAGAGACCAUCAGUCCUGAGGAUGCCCCUGAGUCUAUUAGCAAAGCAGUCGCCAGCCUUCCCCCAGAGCAGAUGUUUGAGCUGAUGAAACAAAUGAAGCUCUGUGUCCAGAAUAGUCCCCAGGAAGCACGAAACAUGUUGCUUCAGAAUCCACAACUGGCUUAUGCUUUGCUACAAGCACAGGUAGUGAUGAGAAUUGUGGAUCCUGAGAUUGCCCUGAAAAUUCUGCAUCGCCAGACAAAUAUCCCAACGCUGAUUUCAGGCAACCCUCAGCCAGUCCAUGUUCCUGGGCCUGGCUCAGGACCCAAUGUUUCAAUGAACCAGCAGAAUCCUCAGGCCCCUCAGGCUCAAUCUUUGGGCGGAAUGCAUGUCAAUGGUGCACCUAUGAUGCAAGCUUCUAUGCCAGGUGGAGUUCCUGCCCCAGUGCAAAUGACAGCAGCUGUAGCAGGACCUGGCCCGGGUUCCUUACCUGCAGGAGUCAUGCAAGCCCAAGUUGGAAUGCAAGGAGGUGGACCAGUGCCAAUGGAACGAGGGCAAGUGCCAAUGCAAGACCCCAGAGCAGCUAUGCAGCGGGGAGCCUUGCCUGCCAACGUCCCAACUCCUCGUGGUCUCUUAGGAGAUGCCCCCAAUGACCCACGGGGAGGCACUUUAAUGACUGUAACUGGAGAGGUAGAGCCUAGAGCUUACUUGGGACCACCACCACCACCUCAUCAGGGCCCACCCAUGCACCAUGUUCCUGGCCAUGAAGGCCGUGGACCACCCCCACAUGACAUGAGGGGAGGUCCAUUAGCUGAGCCCAGACCUUUAAUGGCAGAGCCAAGAGGACCCAUGCUGGAUCAGAGGGGUCCACCCAUGGAUGCUAGAGGUGGAAGAGAUCCCCGAGGAUUAGAUGCACGAGGGAUGGAGGCCAGAGCCAUGGAGGCCAGAGGAUUGGAUGCCAGAGGACUGGAGGCCCGUGCCAUGGAAGCUCGUGCUAUGGAGGCCCGUGCUAUGGAUACCAGAGGCCCAGUACCUGGACCUAGAGGACCUCUGCCUAGUGGAAUCCAAGGUCCCAAUCCAAUGAACAUGGGGGCUGUCGUUCCCCAGGGAUCAAGACAGGUCCCAGUCAUGCAGGGAGCAGGUAUGCAGGGAGCGAGCAUGCAAGGUGGAAGCCAGCCUGGUGGCUUUAGUCCUGGACAGAGCCAAGUCACACCCCAGGACCAUGAGAAAGCUGCUUUGAUUAUGCAGGUCCUUCAACUCACCGCAGACCAGAUUGCCAUGCUGCCUCCUGAGCAAAGGCAGAGUAUCCUAAUCUUAAAGGAACAGAUACAGAAAUCCACUGGGGCACCUUGAAAGGUUCUCAAAAAUACCUGGCAACAAAUCUGGAAAUACAAUUCCAUAACAUCAUUGAAAUGUUGAAAAUUGGUGACUUCUGCAUCCUAACCCUUGAUGUCUCAAAUUGGUGCCAGGUGGAGAACUCGUAUCACCAUUUCUCCAAAUGAAAGCAGUUCAUUCGGUUGUCUUAGUUUGUAUAUUUUCUGUGAUCUUAAACUUUGAACACAUUUUUAACAUACUGCAAAUUGAUAUACAUAACCCUUUUGCUUUUAAGAAGCUAAACACCAAUGUAAAAGCUUAAGAUAUAUUUUCUACCCUUAGCAGCCUUGUCCUUUAAUCUUAUAUUGCCAUAGCUCUAUUCUUUCUUUAGCAUAAAUGUUUACUCUUCUUAAUGAUACUUGAGUAUUUCUUGGAAGAAAUGUUUUCAGGAGCUUUGUUUUUUGUUGAGUUUGCAUUCAGCAAGAUAAUACGUUUUGCCCUUUGAAAACUUUCUAGAGUCUUUGAGUUUUCUGGGAGAAAAAGCAAGUGUUUAAAACUGUCAAAUGGCCAGAAGGCCAACAAGCAAAGAAUAUAUCACAGUAAUGUUUGGUUUAAGAAAAUCCAGUUAUCAAAAUGUGCUGUUUGGUCAGUAACAGGUCUGAACAUACAUGGUUCAGAGUUAAGACAAGGAUUGUUUUGGCACUGUUAUGAGUGUGUGUGUCAAUAACCUGAGAGACUGUUGUAAAGCUCUUCUGUCUAGGUAGCCAACUUUACAAGUUUACAAAGUCACUAGUUUUCCACAUGUUCAAAUUUAAUAAGGAAAAUAAAGUGAACUAAAUAUAUUUUACCCGUUUUUCAGAAAAUUGCAAAGCUUUCAGCUCUUUGCUUUAAAUUCAUUCCAAGAACGUAAAACAGAAAACCCUAAAACUUUACAUUUUCAAGUCUUUUAAGAGGACCAAGCAUAUAGCACAGGAAAGUAGAUUGUCUGUUACGGUUGCCUGCUUUUUUCCAAGUACUACCUACUUGGAAGGUAAUUAGUGCCAUUGGCCUGUGCUAGCCUGAAAGUCACCUUGCCCUUUGUUCUCCACAUAGUGGCAUUAAUGAAGAACAUUGUUUCUUUCUAGCAGGUCAGACUGAAGACAUCUGAAGAGUUGCCUUAUAACUAGUAAAGUUUACUAGAACUAAUUUUAAGCUUAUUUAUAUUCUCAGAGCCCUACCCUCUGUGUUAGGAUUAUGGGCAGGUGAAUUAAAAUCAUUGCUUAGACAUACAAAGCAUAAUAAUAUUGCUUACAUGUCAAACAAAGGAAUGCCAAGAUAGUAAAAUUGGGGGAUUUUUUCUCUAUAUUACAGUGAAAAUUUGCUGUAUAUGUCAUACUGUAACCAAUCAAGAAAAGUGCAAAACAGCAAGUGUAGCACCUGCACUACAACACUUCCACAGUAUAGGGCGAGGGGCUUGAGGAUUUAAAUAAAGGCAAGACAGCAGGUCUUUCUUGCAGGGAGAGAAUGCCCUUCAUUCCAACAAGAGUGGGGGCUUAUUUACCAGUCAGUAGGCGUGGUGGAAAACUACCCAGAUCACAAGUUCAGGUUCCCAGGCCCAUCAGGCAAUCCUGAAUGGGCGAAUAACAGGAUAACAGGAACUUGCACUCAGGCCUUCAAGGAAGGAAGAAAACAGGAUGUACUUGCUAGGUAAGCUAGUCACAAGCUUGUCAGCAGACCCCUAUGGGGGAAGGGCCCAACAAGCAAGCACUCUGCCUAGUCUUUUUAUCCCAAGUUUAACUAGGAUGUUAAUUAUGCAUGCAGUUCAUUGUUUUCAUUACCUUCUGUGCCUCCUGCAUAAAUAAUAAGUCAAUGAUGUGAUGAUUUUAGCAGCUGGCAUGACUUAUAAAAAAAGUGCCAGUAUAGACACAGAGAUCAUAAGGAAAGUAUUUCUAGUUAGGAACUUAGGUUUUACACAACCAAUUCCCAAUCAAGAUUACUGAGGCUGAAGUUAUUUGGUAAGCAGUUGUCUGAUAAAAACUAUAUCCUGGAAAUCCUGUGUGAAUUUCCCAAAGGCUCAUUAAACUUAAUGUUGUUUAGCAGACACUCAGGUGAAUAAAUUGACAAGAGCAGUGGCAUCCCAAUUCAUCCCCAUGGAAGCACUCAUCAGCGUUAUGUCUAUUAUGGUCAGACUAGUGACUGAAAAAUGGUCCUGCUAAUCCUUCAAGCUAUAGGUCCUUAGAUAAUUGGAAAGGUAAAUUUGUUCACUCUUAAUCAAGAAAAUAGGUGGUCUAGAUUCAAUCUGCUAAAUUCAUUGAGUUCAGCAGUCUGAGCACAAUAUGGAGUUUUCUCCCUCUGAAGAAUCUGGGGCUUCUGUUUUGUGACUGUAACUAACAUCCCGGAGCCAGUGUGGUUAUUGUCCUGGUUGAUAGGAAAAAGAAUGACAUUUAAGUGAGUGAUCCCUCAGUAAGAAAGACCUGGAGAAUAGUCAAAAUUAUAAAUUCUUUAUUGUCUUUUUAUACCAGACAUUCAUAAACAAACCCCUUUAACAAAAAUAGUAGAGAACUUGGUGUUGAAUUCAUUUAUUCCAUGAUGUAGGCCAGGUGUUCCCAGUUAUUUCAAACAAUACAAAAUGACAUAUAGUUGGCUUCUAAUUAUAAUGUAAAUUUGAUUACAGUUAAUAUACGUCAGAUGGAAAGCCUAGAGAAAUUAAGCAGAAUUGUUCAAUAAGCAAAGAUGAAAACCUUUCAUUUUUUGACAAAACAAAGUGUAAACUGUUGGUCACACUGGAUAAGAUUGUGUUUAACAAUGUACCUAGUGAGUAUGAUAUGGGAGUGCGAAUCAUGGUAAUUUUAUGUUUAUUAUUUAUGAUUAUUGUUUUGUCCUGGAUUCAAUAAAUAUUUUAAAAGUCA